UUUAUUUUUCAGCAAACCCAAACAGAAGCACAAACUAAAAAAAAAACACCAAUCAAAUGACUCCAAAAACGUUGACUUUUUGACUAACUACUAUCUCCACCGUACCGGCCACCGUCAUCAUGAUCGCCGUUUACUCUCUCUUCUUCUUCCUCUUCAUUUCCUCUGUUUACUCCGCAGUGACAAUUUCAGUUUCUCCCCAAACCCUCAAUCGAUCCGGCGACACCGUCGUGAUCAAAUGGUCCGGCGUCGAGUCACCGUCUGAUCUCGAUUGGUUAGGAAUCUACUCGCCACCGGAAUCUCCUCACGAUCACUUCAUUGGCUACAAAUUCCUUUCCGAUUCGCCCAAUUGGAAAUCCGGAUCGGGUUCGAUUUCCCUCCCCUUAACAAAUUUCCGAUCGGAUUACUCAUUCCGGAUCUUCCGCUGGACCCAAUCCGAGAUCAACCCGAAACACAACGACCAUGACCAUAACCCUUUACCCGGAACUCGUCAUCUUCUUGCCGAAUCAAACCGGUUAACUUUCCGGUCCGCCAUUAACCGGCCGGAGCAGAUCCAUUUAAGCUACACAGAUACGGUGGACGAGAUGCGAGUCAUGUUCGUCACAGGAGAUGGUGAAGAACGAUUAGCUCGAUACGGAGAGGUUAAGGAGAGGCUCGACAACAUCGUUGCGGCGCGUGGGAUUAGGUACGAGAGGGAACAUAUGUGCCACGCGCCGGCGAAUUCCACCGUUGGAUGGAGAGAUCCAGGUUGGACAUUCGACGCCGUGAUGAAGAAUCUGAAAGAAGGGGUCAAAUACUAUUACCAGGUUGGGAGUGAUUCCAAAGGAUGGAGUGAGAUUCAUAGCUUUGUUUCUCGAAAUGAAAACUCAGAGGAAACUCUAGCUUUCAUGUUUGGAGAUAUGGGAUGUUCCACACCUUACAGAACAUUUAUCCGUGGAGAAAACGAAAGUUUAUCAACUGUGAAAUGGAUCUUAAGAGAUAUUGAAGCUCUAGGUGGUGAUAAAGCUGCGAUUGUUUCACACAUUGGAGAUAUAAGCUAUGCGCGAGGCUACUCGUGGAUUUGGGACGAGUUCUUUGCUCAGAUUGAGCCAAUAGCUUCUAAAGUACCAUACCAUGUGUGCAUUGGUAACCAUGAGUAUGAUUGGCCUAUGCAGCCAUGGAAACCAGAUUGGGCUGCUUAUGUAUAUGGUAAAGAUAGUGGUGGCGAGUGUGGAGUACCGUAUAGUGUUAAGUUCAACAUGCCUGGAAAUUCAUCGGAAGCCACAGGGAUGGUUCAAGGACCUCAAAGUCGAAACCUUUACUAUUCUUAUGAUAUGGGUUCGGUCCAUUUCGUUUACAUUUCGACAGAGACGGAUUUUCUCAAAGGAGGGAAGCAGUAUAGUUUCUUAAAGAGUGAUCUAGAGUCUGUUAAUAGGAGCAAGACACCGUUUGUUGUAGUUCAAGGGCAUAGACCGAUGUACACUACAAGCACUAAGGUCAGAGACGCUGCGAUAAGACAGAGGAUGAUCGAGCAUUUGGAACCGUUGUUUGUGAAGAACAAUGUGACGAUUGCUUUAUGGGGACAUGUUCAUAGAUACGAAAGGUUUUGUCCGAUCAGUAACAACACUUGUGGUCAACGUUGGCAAGGAAACCCUGUUCAUCUUGUGAUUGGUAUGGCUGGAAAAGACACGCAACCGAUUUGGGAACCGAGACCUAAUCACCCGGAUGUUCCGAUCUUUCCUCAGCCUGUUCGGUCAAUGUACCGUGGAGGAGAGUUUGGGUACACUCGUUUGGUUGCUAAUAAGGAAAGACUCACACUUUCUUAUGUGGGGAACCACGACGGAGAAGUUCAUGAUGUGGUUGAGAUUUUGGCUUCAGGGGAAGUUAUUAGUGGCAGUGACGAUGGUAAAGACUCAAACUUUGGAUCUGGUUCUGAAUUUUCAGUCUUGUGGUACAUUGAAGGAGCAAGUGUGAUGGUUUUGGGAGUGAUUUUGGGGUAUUUUAUCGGGUUUUUUAGCCGUAGGAAGAAAGAAUCUGGAGUUGGAUCAUCUAAUGGUCGUUGGAUCCCAGUGAAGAACGAGGAGACAUGAUUCAACUGAUUUGUUUUUGUUUGUUUGCCACAGAUUUUGUAUAGCAUUCUUAUAUACAAGGUACACCUUAAUAACCUCUCUAAGGCUUUAAUAUGUAAGUUUUACUCGAUAAUAAUAAAAUCUUUAUGCAA